AUGUUUACUCGAAUUUUGGUCCUCGGGACAGUGCUGGUUGCACUUGUCGCAUUGUUCUUUCCUCAGCAGACAGAAGUGCAUCCACCGUUUGUCAAGGGAAGGAACGGCACUGCGUUAUUUCUAGUGAAUCAAGAACACGGUGUAUCAAACGUCCACGUUGCAACGGCUUCGGCUUUGCUUGAGCAAUAUCCUGAUAUUGAUGUACACUUUGUGUCGUUCCCGAAACUCAAGAAGAAGCUCCAACGAGUAUCGGAAUUCGCUCAACGAAAGACGCCUUCAUCUCGCGGGAUCACUUUCCAUCAACUCAAAAGUCCGGCGUAUGCGGAGGUCAUCCUCAACGCCGGCAGAAGUCUCGACGAUGUUCCGCAUCCUCCGGGUCCAGCCGGAAUCUCCGUUUUGUGCAGGGAUAUGCAACUUUGGAUUUCUCCGUGGUCUGCCGAGGAGCACUUUUCCAUCUAUGAGGAGAUAAGCACUUUCAUCGAUGAAAUUGACCCUGCUGUGGUUGUCAUUGAUACUUUGUUCCGACCAGGACUUGAUAUCACGAGGGACAAGAAUCGACAGCAUGUUGUUAUCACGCCGAAUCAAGCUGUUGACAACUUCCUUGGAGAUCAACCGUAUGGAAGCAUGUUUUGGAAAUAUCCGUCUAUGAGCUCAGGUCUCCCGUUUCCGGUGCCUUGGAAAAAGAUUCCGGAAAACAUUUACCUCAACAUGCGCUUCAUCUAUGCUGUUUUGAGAAUGCCUGAUGUCGUCAGCAAGCGAAAGGCUCUCCGCGAGAAGGGUCUUAAGGAUCCAAUCAACUUCUUCGGCAUCUACCGCGAUGAUGUUCCGUGGAUCACCGUCACUGCCGAGGGAGCAUCCAUUCCAGUUGAUUACAUCCCGUCGAAUGUCACCAUCACCAACCCGAUUGUUCUCUCGGUGGCUCCGGCUGAAGAGCAGGAUCCUCAGCUGGUCGAAUGGUUGAAGAAGAAGCCAACAGUCUUGGUCAACCUGGGUAGCACAGUUGCUUACUCUGAAUCUCGAGCAGCAAUCAUGGCACAGGCACUUGCCAAUGUCCUCGACAAAGUUGAUAUUCAAUUCCUCUGGAAAUUCAACAAGGUUGGAGAGUACUCGGAUGACGUCUUUCUCCCAGUCAAGCAACACCUCGAGAGCGGUCGUUUGAAGUUGGAGAGGUGGCUCACCGUCGAUCCCACGGCUCUCCUCGAAUCAGGACUCAUCUCUGCAUCUAUCCAUCACGGAGGAGCCAACUGUUACAACGAAGCAGUCUAUGCUGGAGUCCCCCACGUCGUUCUUCCUAUGUGGGCAGAUUGUUACAACUAUGCAGCCCUGGCGGAAACUAUCGGGGUCGGAGUAUGGGCAUGUCCGAGCACAAGUCCGAACUGGACAGUCGAAGAUCUCACUCAAGCGUUCAUGAAGGUUCUCGAUGGUGGAGAAGCCAGUGUGGCUAUGCGACAGAAGGCUAGAGAAUUGGGAAACAACAUUCAAGCCAGCGAAAAGGGACGUGACGUUGCUGCAAGAAAGGUGGCAGAGUUGGCUUAUUCUGGGAGGUCCUAG